UUUUCGUGAAUGGUAAGGCGGUACCUGGGACACAUGACAGAUCCCAGAAGCCGCCGGACCAAUCACAAAGCGCAAGUGCUUCUCGCUCAUGCGCACUGGGCACCCGGCUGUCAUGCCGAGCGCCAUUACAGAAGCCAGGAAGACAGCGCGCGGCUGGAUCGAGGAACAGGUAAGAUCAAAGAACAACUGCGGAAGUAAGAGCGGGUACCUGUCAAAUUCAGGUACCCGCUCCCCUCCUCCCCAAAGGUCAGCAGUCAUCUGUACUGUCCGCAGUCUCUGGUCAUCCCUGUGCUGUCCGCAGUCUUUGGUCAUCCCUGUGCUGUCCGCAGUCUCUGGUCAUCCCUGUGCUGUCCGCAGUCUCUGGUCAUCCCUGUGCUGUCCGCAGUCUCUGGUCAUCCCUGUGCUGUCCGCAGUCUCUGGUCAUCCCUGUGCUGUCCGCAGUCUCUGGUCAUCCCUGUGCUGUCCGCAGUCUCUGGUCAUCUCCUGUACUGUGUCCGCAGCCUCUAUUCAUCUUCCUGUAGUAUGCCCGCAGCCUCUGGUCAUCUCCUGU